UCCUUUUUCAGAAACAAUUCAAUAUGGCUUCAAAGACAUUCCUUCUUCUUGCCCUAGCUUUUGCUGUUGUUCUUCUCGUUAGCUCCCAGAUCGCUGCUGCUAAGGACUUGGAUGAAAGCGAGGUAGAAGAUGCCAAGUAUGGUCGUGAUGACCGUGGGUACUACAAUGGGGGUGGUCGUGGAGGUUACAACGGAGGUGGACGUGGAGGGUAUAACAACGGUGGCGGUCGUGGAGGAUACAACAACGGAGGUGGCCGUGGAGGGUACAACCAUGGUGGUGGGCGUGGAAGAGGAUAUUGCAGGUAUGGUUGCUGCGGUGGCGGACGUUACUACAAUGGAGGGUGCAGGUGUUGCAGCACUUUAGCAGAGGCAACUGCAUACAAACAAGCUCAUGAGGCCCAGACUCACAACUGAUCGAUCUUGGCAUCGUAAUCGAACCAUCUUGUUACUUAUACGUGCUGCUUCAAUAUAUAUAUGCAACCAAGCCAUUCGUGUUUGUAUGCUAUAUAAGUGUUAGAAGAAAAGAAACCAGUGGGAUAUGUGUGCAUGCUCGCUUUCUAUUUUGGUUUAAUUAUCUUUGUACAAUAAAAGAAAACCUUUGCCUCCUAUCA